AUGGACAACCAGACCGAGACACAGCAGCCUGCUCCUGCCGCAGCACCCGAAGAAGCUGCUCCUUCAGAUCAGACAGAUGGCGCCUCAGAGUUUCAGAUGGGCUCUGCAUUGCUCGAACCAGAGUUCGAUGUCAAUGUCAAGCUGAACGAUCUCCAACAAGACCCAAACAACCCCCUGUUCUCCGUCAAGGAGUUCCGCGACCUCGACCUCCCCGAAUCGCUCAAGAAGGGUAUCUCUGCCCUUGGCUUCACCAAACCCUCAAAGAUCCAGGAACGCGCUCUGCCCCUGCUCCUCCAGAACCCUCCUCAAAAUCUCAUCGGCCAGUCGCAAUCUGGUACCGGAAAGACGGCCGCCUUCGUCCUCAACAUCCUCUCGCGUGUCGAUCUUCAGCUACAGCAACCACAAGCUCUGGUUCUCGCUCCUUCGCGUGAGCUCGCCAGACAGAUCCUGGGUGUCGUUCAAGUCAUGGGUAGUUUCAUGGAAGGCCUUAGCACAUACCAGGCUGUUCCCGAUCCCUCAACACGCGGCCAGGCCGUCACUGGUCAAGUCGUUGUCGGUACGCCUGGAACAGUCAUGGACUUGGCUCGCAGAAAGCAAUUGAACACACGCGGCAUGAAGGUCCUUGUCUUGGACGAGGCCGACAACAUGCUUGAUCAGCAGGGCCUCGGAGACCAGUGCAAGCGUGUGAAGCAGCUCUUGCCCAAGGACGUCCAGACUGUCCUAUUCUCCGCUACUUUCCCUCAGGAGGUCCUUGCUUUCACCGCUCUCUUCGCCCCCAACGCCAACCAAAUCACCCUUGAACGUACUAACCUUACUGUCAAGGGCAUCAAGCAGAUGUACCUCGAUGUCAGCCAAGACUCCGACAAGUACGACGCACUCAUCAAAUUCUACGGUCUCAUGACAAUCGCCUCAUCCAUCAUCUUCGUCCGCAAGCGUGAGACAGCCGAUGAACUUUCCAAGCGCAUGACUUCAGAAGGCCACCACGUCGUCACCCUGACCGGUGGUCUCGAGGGUGUCGAGCGUGACGCAGUCAUCGACCAGUUCCGCGAGGGCAACGCCAAGGUCCUCAUCACGACCAACGUCCUCGCUCGUGGUAUCGACGUCCAGACCGUCACCAUGGUCAUCAACUACGACAUUCCUGACAAGCCGGCUCCAGGUCGCGGUUAUGUGCCCGAUGCUGAGACCUUCUUGCACCGCGUCGGCCGUACCGGUCGUUUCGGCAAAGUCGGUGUUGCUCUGACUCUUGUACACGACAAGCGCAGUUGGGAAAUGUUCCGCGAGAUUUGCCAGGAACUGUCCAUUAACCCUACUAAGCUCGACACUGACGACUGGGACAAUGUUGAGCGUGUGGUCAAGUCUAUCAUCAAGUCGGGACGCAACAAGAAGGUUGAGGCUGAGACUAUGUUCGGCGAGCAAUCAUAG